AGAGCAGAGGGACUAGAGAGCGGGAGACGGACAGGGCUUGCUUUGGUUUGACCAGCCGGGUUCCACGGUCGCCGUGGACGACGAUAUGAAGACGAAGACUCUGAACAAUUCAAUGCAGCGGAGACAACGGUGACUGUCCACACAAAAUAACGCGUUUCGGAUGCGUGUCGUGUUUUAAUUUGAACAGAGUCGACUCCAUCGAAAAUCACCGGUACGCCUACCUUUAAUCGUCUCGACAUUGGACAUGUUUUUUAUCGACUUUAUGGGUUUCCUCGGGUCAGCUGUCCUCUGAACCGUACGUUGUGUUCAGCCAACAAUUGUAUCAUGUUUCAUAAUUGAACCACUAUCUAUAAAUAAUAUAACCAUGUCGGGGGAUAUUAGUUUACAUAAAUUGGUAGACUUAUCUAUCGGUACACCGGACAUCGGGGUGGUCAACUUCAAUGCGCUACACAGUCUUCUCCACGCGAUUCUGGACCACCUGAAAAUCCAAACCGUAACCAUCAAUUGGACCAGAGAGGAGGAAUGUGUGGGCAAGAACUUGACGGCUCCCCCCCAGGAGCAGAACCAGUCCGCUCCCGGGUACCAGGACCUGGAGGACAAGCUGCGCCGUAUCGAGACGCAGAUCGCCCUUGUGGAAAACCUCCCCUCCAGUACCGAGCUGUUGGACCGGAGCUCCGCCUCCGCCACGCCGGUGAACGACAUGUGGCAGCUGAUGCAGCUCCGCCGCCAUAUCCAGACCAACGAGGACGGGGUUUCCAAGUCUUUCUCUCUGGUCCAGGACCUCUUGCUGGAGAUCCAGGAGCUGAAGGAGUCCAGAGACCAGCUGAUGGAGAAGGUGGAGGAGCAGCACACUGCCCUGGAGAAGGUGAACUCGGCCCUUCAGGAGGACCACGCCACGACGUUGGAGGAGUGCUGCCACCGUGUGGAACAACUGGAGGCCGCAACGAGGUCUCUGGAGGAGAGGGUGGAGCGUUGCCCCAGUCCAGUGGUGCUGGAGAACACGGUGACGUGGGAGGUCCUGCAGUCAGCACUGCUCUCCGAGCGAGAAGACCUCCACACAGAACUCUCCGCCGGGGCCAAGGGCCCCGUGACGGACCCCCCCAGCCCCGCGGGCCCGGGCCUCCCGCCUUCCCCCAGCCCCCCACCGACCCUGCCGCCCCAACCACCGCCCCCUAGCGGCCAGGUGGCGGGGGGUAGUGCGGCGGUGGGCUUCCCCGAGACGCUGGAGGCUCUGAGGGUGGUGGGCCGGCUCAGCGAUCGCCAUGGCGACCUGGAGGAGCGCGUGGAGACCCUGGAGGCGGAGCUGGCGAGGCUCGAUGACCUCCCUAAGCACGCCGGCGGUGCGGCGGGGUCCCAAGAUCCAGCAGAAGACCUGUUGGAGCAGAUGAAACACCUGAGAUCCCAGGUGGAGGGCCUGGCCAGCGACAUGGAGAAGGUCACGACCCUGAGCAAAAGACAAGAAGAGAGGAGAGAGAUCAUAGUGUCGGAAGUGAAGAGAGAGACGAGGGAGCUAAAGGAGGCGAGAGAGGCAAGAGAGGCAAGAGAGGCAAGAGAGGCGAGAGAGCGAGUGCCUGACAGGGAGCUUGCCCAAGCCAGCCAGGAAGUCAAUGCCGAGAUCACACAACUCAGGGAAGUAGUGCUAAAGCUUGAAGAGGAAGUGAGGCAGGUCAAAGGUCACGGGGAGGCGGAUCCACACCUCCAGGACCAGCUGGACAAUCUGCGCCGCACCCUAGAGGACAUGGUGGGACUUUCCUCCACGUCUCUGCUCUGCCAAAGCCCCCAGGAGAGAGAACAGGGAGAGAGAGACACCCCGGGAGAGAGAGACACCGAGGGAAAGAGAGACACCAAGGGAGAGAGAGAAAGGGACACCCAGAGAGAGAGAGACACCCAGAGAGAAAGAGACACCCAGGGAGAGAGAGAGAGGGAGACCCAGAGAGAGAGGGACACCCAGAGAGAGAGAGACACCCAGAGAGAGCGAGAGAGGGACACCCAGAGAGAGAGAGAUAGGGACUCCCAGAGAGAGAGAGAGAGGGACUCCCAGAGAGAGAGAGACACCCAGAGAGAGAGAGAGAGGGACUCCCAGAGAGAGAGAGACACCCAGAGAGAGAGAGAUAGGGACUCCCAGAGAGAGAGAGACACCCAGAGAGAGAGAGAGAGGAACUCCCAGAGAGAGAGAGACACCCAGAGAGAGAGAGAGAGAGACACCCAGGGAGAGAGAGAGAGUGACACCCAGGGAGAGAGAGACACCCUGGGAGAGAGAGAGAGUGACACCCAGGGAGAGAGAGACACCCAGGGAGAGAGAGACACCCAGGGAGAGAGAGACACCCAGGGAGAGAGAGACACCCAGGGAGAGAGAGACACCCAGGGAGAGAGAGACACCCAGGGAGAGAGAGACACCCAGGGAGAGAGAGACACCCAGGGAGAGAGAGACACCCAGGGAGAGAGGGACAACCAGGGAGAGAGAGACCCCCGGGGAGAGAGAGACACCCAGGGAGAGAGUGAGAGAGACCCCCAGGGAGAGAGAGACACCCAGGGAGAGAAGGACAGGGAGGGCCAGAGUGACAGGAUGCUGAGCAGUCUGUCCCAGCCCCUGGAGAAGCUCCAUGAAGCGUUCAGCAACCUGAUGAGACGGCAGCAACUGAGCAGCGAUGCAGAGAGCGCCAUUCAUAAUAAGAUCACCCAGCUCCAGGCGGAGUUUGACAGGCUUCGCGAAACAACGCAACACCUGCUGGAGAACCACGACGAGAAACAAACACACCUCCAGAAACUGUACAAGUCCAUGAAGGUGCUGGAAGAGCAGAAGGCGGACAAGCAGCUGCUGGAGACGGAGAUCCAGAUCAAGGCAGAUAAGUGUGCGUUGGAGAGCAAGGUGAGCCUGGUGCAGCUGGACGCGGCGACGGCGCAGCUGAGCACCAUGUUCCACAACCUCCUCUCCAAGGUCACGGGUCAGGAGCAGGACUGGCACAAGGUCAUGGACCGCCUCUCCAGCGAGAUGGAGGGCAAGCUCAACCGGAUGGAGCUUGACUCGAUGAAGAAGCAGCUGGAGGACCGCUGGAAGAACAUCCGCAAGAAGAUCAAGUCUCCCGAACACGAAGACAACGCCGCUGGCCUCACAAGACAGCUGGUGGCCAGGUUCCACUGCAUCUCGUGCUCGCGCCCAGUGGAAAUGACUGCACCUGGGCGUGUCCCUGGGAUCGGGGACUAUGGCUACGUCACCAUGUCCCGCCCCUGCGGGGGUCACCACACCGUCACCCAGCCCAUCCGGCGCUCUGCCCGCUUCCAGCACUUCAGGCACUUCUACCAGGCGGAUACGGAGGCCCUGCCCGUGCACCCCGCCGAACUCAAACUACAGGGAGAGGAGGAUAUCCUAGGAUUGGCCGGACAGAUCUACAAGGGUCGCCUCAACGCCAAGGCCCCCCGGACCACGGACCAACACCUGCCCAGCCUCUCGCCCAGAGAGAGCAUGAGUAAAAGUGGAGACGGCCGAGUUCAGCGUUCCAAGUCCCAGAUGUCCUGUACCGCCCCGGGACCCGGCUACGGAGCUCCGACCCACCCACAGAGCACCAAGGCAGGCCGCCGUCGCAUCGGUUCUGCUGGUUCGGGGCGGGCCUGGCCGGUGUCUGCGGCGGACGACCUGGGUUCACUAGCGCAGAGCAGCGGAGAGCUACAGCGCCGGGCCCCCGUCACCGAGCUCCAUGUUGACCUCCGACCCCCUGAUGAGGAGGGGCCUGGGACCAACCUGUAGGCGGGGGUUGAGUGGUGGAGUGGUUUGUGUGUGUAGGGGAGGGGGGGGGGCUGCAGUGUUGUGAUUAAAAUAUAAAAAAUGUUUUUUAAAGGUUUUUAAAUAAACUGCACCAGAAGACUUUUCUCCAGGAGAA